AUGCGUCUGGACUGAGCGUUCAGAGGAGGGGCGGCAGUCUAGAACCGCAGCAGAAGAACGUCUGUGUCUAACAUUCACACACGUGUCUUUCUCUCGUACAUGCGGUUUCUCACAUGGAUACGUGUGAGCUGUGUGAUUUCACUGAGGCGGCCCUCUUUUGCUUCCUCACCUUAUAAGGAUCAAACCACAGAGAGCGGGGUCUCCUCUCCUCCGUGGACGCGCGCCGGGUGACAGUAUUUGCGUUUUUCCCGGACUGUGGAAUGUCGGACUGGAAUCCGGAGCAGUUUCUCAGAGUCCCGUCUGGAGGCUUGAUGCAUGAGCUCUGCGCAGACGGACUGACCCCGAGAGGACCCCGAGUCUCUCCACUGAGAUCCUGGAGUCAAACCUGAGUUCAGUUUCACGUCUCUGAGUGUCUGAAGUCUUGUUCAUGCCUGUCGUUACCCUGCAGGUCAAAGGGUGGAAUGUCGUGAAUCCAUCGAGUGAGUUGUGUAUUGGCGAUACGUCUAGUGCCGAUGGGAGCUGCUGCCCCAUCAUGAGUUGCCAUGACGCCGGAGGGCGUCGCCGUUACGAAGACUCGGAGUUCACCUUGCGCAUUUACCCCGGCGCGCUGUCCGAGGGCACCAUCUACUGCCCCAUCGCCGCUCGGAAGGUCACCUCCGCAGCCGAGGUCAUCGAGCAGGUCAUCGAUCGGCUGCAGCUGGACCGCGCUCGGCUCUACGUGUUAGCCGAGGUCAAGGAGUUCGGAGGCGAGGAAUGGAUCCUGAACCCCAACGACUGUCCGGUGCAGCGCGUGAUGCUGUGGCCCCGCAUGGCGCUGGAGAACCGGCUGGGUGGGGAAGAUUAUCGCUUCCUCCUGCGGGAGAAGAACGUGGACGGAUCCAUCCACUACGGGAGCCUGCAGAUGUGGCUGCGUGUGACGGAGGAGAGGAGGCGGAUGGUGGAGCGCGGCCUCCUGCCACAGCCGCCCGCCGGACAGUACGUGGCCGACCUUUGCUCCCUCCCGGACCUGAACGAGCGCAUUCUGCUGGAGAACCUCCGCGGACGCUUCAGGCAGGAGAAGAUCUACACGUACGUGGGCGAGAUUCUGAUCGUUGUCAAUCCUUUUCAGUUUCUGCCCAUCUAUAACCCCAAAUACGUCAAAAUGUACGAUAACCACCGGCUCGGGAAGCUGGAGCCGCACAUUUACGCGGUGGCCGACGUGGCGUACCACACCAUGCUCCAGAGGAAGAGGAACCAGUGUAUCGUCAUCUCGGGAGAGAGCGGAUCGGGAAAGACUCAAAGCACAAACUUUCUGAUCCACCACCUGACGGCGCUCAGUCAGAAGGGCUUCGCUAGCGGCGUUGAGCAGAUCAUCCUGGGAGCCGGACCUGUUCUGGAGGCGUUUGGAAAUGCCAAAACAGCCCAUAAUAAUAAUUCCAGUCGCUUCGGCAAAUUUAUUCAAGUCAACUAUCAAGAGAGUGGAACUGUGAGGGGAGCCUAUGUGGAAAAGUAUCUUUUGGAAAAGUCCAGACUAGUUUACCAAGAGCACAAUGAGAGAAACUAUCACGUGUUUUAUUACCUAUUGGCCGGAGCCAGUGAAGAGGAGAGGAAAUCUUUUCAUCUGCUCAAACCUGAAGAAUACCAUUACCUCAACCAGGUAACAUUGAGAGUCCACAGACACCAGUGGAGAAAUGACUGUGACGCUGAGCUGGACUGUUUCUCGGUGGAAGGAGAAGAUCUGAAGCAUGACUUUGAGAGACUCCAGCUGGCCAUGGAGAUGGUCGGCUUCCUUCCGGCCACCAAAAAACUGAUUUUUUCGUUGCUGUCUGCCAUCCUACACUUGGGGAACAUUCGCUACAAAAAGAAGACUUACAGAGACGACUCCAUCGAUAUCUGUAACCCAGAAGUGCUUCCUAUAGUCUCUGAACUGCUGGAGGUGAAGGAGGAGAUGCUUUUUGAAGCCCUGACGACACGGAAGACGGUAACGGUGGGAGAGAGACUGAUCGUGCCGUACAAACUGUCCGAGGCCGGUACGGUGCGAGACUCGAUGGCAAAGUCCCUGUACGGAGCUCUGUUCGACUGGAUUGUGUUUCGCACCAAUCACGCACUGCUUUACAACAAAGACCUGGAAGAUUCAUCCAAGAUGCUGUCUAUCGGGGUGCUGGACAUCUUCGGUUUUGAGGAUUAUGAGAACAACAGUUUCGAGCAGUUCUGCAUCAACUUUGCCAAUGAAACUCUACAGCAUUAUUUCAACCAGCACAUCUUCAAACUAGAGCAGGAGGAAUAUCGAUCAGAGGGCAUCAGCUGGCACAUGAUCGACUACAUCGACAACACGCCCUGCAUCAAUCUGAUCAGUAAGAAGCCAACAGCGCUGCUCCACCUGCUGGAUGAAGAGUGCAAUUUUCCACAGGCGACAAAUCAGACUCUUCUGGAUAAGUUUAAGCGUCAGCACGAGGCCAGCGGCUACAUUGAGUUUCCCGCUGUCAUGGAGCCAGCGUUCAUCAUCCAACACUAUGCUGGAAAGGUCAAAUAUGGCGUCAAGGAUUUCCGGGAGAAGAACACGGAUCACAUGCGGCCGGAUAUCGUAGCGCUUCUGAAAAGCAGUCGAAACGCUUUUAUCUGCAGUCUGAUGGGAAUUCAUCCGGUGGCCACGUUCCGCUGGGCUGUUCUGAGAGCGUUUUUCAGAGGCGCCGUGGCCUUCCGUGAGGCGGGCAAACAACACAAAGACAAAAAGGCCGGCUCUGAAUCUCCGGUUCCGAAUCGUAAAAGUGUGGACAGCUUCAGCUUCCUGCAUCACCCUGUUCACCAGCGGAGCCUUGAGAUCCUGCAGCGAUGUAAAGAUGACAGACACAGUUCCUGUAUCAGUAGAAAAAUGCCGCGCACGCCGCUCUCAGACCUACAGGGAACCAACACGCUCACAGAGAAAUUGGCCAGGGACGGAUUCUCCGGCUGUAACGUUCGUAGUGUGAGAGAACGCGUCUCUUCCUUCAGCUCGUCCCAUGUAGACGAGGGGAUUUUUGUGAACAGCGUUAAUAACAAGCUCUUGGAGAGAGCUCAGGGCAUCUUGAUGCGGAACAAGAACUACAAGACCAAGCUGAGCCUCCCAAAGCACCUGCUGGAUGUGAAAUCGCUGAAGUAUUUGAGCUGUCUGACGCUUCAUGACCGCAUCACUAAAUCACUGCUUCAUCUACACAAGAAGAAGAAACCGCCGAGCAUCAGCGCGCAGUUCAACGUGUCUUUGAACAAACUGAUGGAAACCUUGGGUCAGUCUGAGCCGUACUUUGUGAAAUGCAUCCGGUCAAAUGCAGAGAAGCUUCCCCUGCGUUUCAAUGACGCGCUCGUUCUGAGACAGCUGAGAUAUACUGGAAUGCUGGAGACGGUUCGGAUACGUCAGUCUGGCUACAGUGUCAAAUACACCUUUCCGGAUUUUGCUCAUCACUUUCAUCUGCUGUUACCGGCUGGAUUCCGUCCUGCUCAAAUGAGUAUCAGAGAAUUUCUGCGAACUGCACAAAUCGAUUUCAACACAUAUCAAGUGGGCCGAACAAUGGUGUUUUUGCGCGAGCUGUCGCGUCAGAAGUUGCAGGAUGAGCUUCAUGAGGAGGUGCUGAGGAGGAUCGUGUGUUUACAGCGACGCUUCAGAGGUCAUCGGGAGAGAAAACUUUUCUGCAGUCAGAGACGAGCCGCCCGACUCAUUCAGCGCUGGUGGCGUAAAUGUCUGCUGACGCAUGCCACAGAGCACUUGUGUGACCUGGAGCUCCAGCACGAGGCGGCAGUGUGUCUGCAGGUUUCGUGGAGAGGGUACAGAGAGAGGCGACUGUAUGCGCUGCAGAAGAAUGCGGCACUGGUCAUCCAGAGGCGAUGGAGGAGGUGUCUGCGGACAAGAGAGACCGCGGCCGGCCUCAUACAGACAACCUGGAGGACGUACAGACAGAGACAGAGAUACCUGCAGCAGCGCAGGGCGGCCGUAAUGCUCCAAUCGGCCUGCAGGGGGCAUCAGGCUCGACAAAGGUGUCACAUUCUGCAAGAGGAACUGAGACUGACGAAAAGCCUGAAUAUCGCAGGUCAUCAAAACGCUGUUACGAAAAGUUUACAUGUCCUUCAAGACAAUGCCGAAUUCCCGAUCGCUCACUUGGACCCUCAGACGUCUGGAUCCUCGGCCGAGGACCCUCCACAGGAGGAACAAGAGCCGUCUGCAGAGCCUCCUCGAAUCGUGGACGACAGCACGCUAAAGAGCCGUAACAAACGUGAGAGCAGGAGAAAACGAGAGCUCGAACAAGCCACGUUCAGUUUAGAGCUGCUCAAAGUCCGAUCCGGAUCAUUGCCUAAUUCAGAUCAGACGGAAAUAUCAGACGACGUGCUUCCUGUUCAAGACUCAGAAUGUGUGGCUGCGUCACCUCAAGCUUCUCUAGAUAGCCAAGAAAGUUUCGAGAUCCUCAACGUUCAUGAUGAAGAGCUUGAGACAUCCGAGCAUCCUCAUCAGAUGUCCGCUUCAGAAAAAUCAGAGCCAAUGGAGGUGCACCAGAAUGAAGACUCACUCGAUCCAGUUCAGUCAACUCCACCGUCCUUAAAGCCCCGCUUCUACAUCCCAGAUGAAGAGAGCAGUCCGCUCAGAAGUGUGCCGAGGACACCGACCAGCGGUAGGCAAGUCCAGGAGAAGAAGGAGUCUGUGAUUGUCAUUAUCAGCUUGCAGAAGGAGAAUUCUGUGGAGCAGGAAAGCCUGGAAACUCUACAAAAGCUAGAGAAGGAAACUGUGGAGAUACCUGCCACCGUCCACAAGGAAAGAUUACCUGAAGAUCGAUGGAAUGGAGAGGCCACUCUAGAUCUUCCAAACCUACAGUCAACCCCUAAGCCUCCAACUAAUCGCGACUUGUCCUCUUCUCUCCCAACCUGUCAACCGGUCCAUCUGGACCAGAGGGCAGAGACGUCAGUAAAGGAAGUGACCUCAGAGUCCAAAAAGGAAGCACAUGCCCAGAAGAAGGUGACACAGAGCAUCACUAUAAGUAUGAAAGAGAAACCGUCCAAUCUGGCCUUUCCUCCCAAACGCAGCCGACUCACCUUCUCCAAGUCUGAUAAAGACCUGGUGAAUCAAGAACGUUCUCUGGCUAUCCAAAGAGAAGCGGGAUACAGAUCGCUAAAGAACAGAGAGGUGACCGGAGGCGUUCGUAAAAAGAAAGCUCGCAUGGCCGGAACGCGCUCGGACUUCCUGACCCGUGCCUGUAGCACAGAGGUCGAUUCGAACGAGGAUGAAGACUAUGAAUACGAGUACAGACCUGUGCUGUCUCGGACCCAGACUCUUCCUGAAUCCCUGGGUUCGCUUGACCCUGUCUUCGACAGCGACUCUGAGAUGAAGGAGCAGAAAAAGCUUCAGAAGACCAUGUCCUCUGGAGAUCUUGGGAAGAUGGAGUCUCUCAGAAAGUCUUUUUCUAACACAGACAGCAGGGUCCGGGGGAAGAUGCGCUUCUGGAGCAAAAGCAAGCAUGGAGAUAAGAAGAUGUCCAGCCGUGGACAUUCAGCUGAUUCGGAGCUCACAGACAGAAGAAACAACUCUUCACCGGGAAGUCCUGAGCACGCCGGACUCUCCGAGCGAGGGAAAGACAGCAAAGAGAACCGGGAGCCGCUGAUGAUGGGCAUGAUGUCGAUUAAUAGGAGACGCAGCGUGAAGAUCAGCAGCGUGUCUCUAGAAUCGAACGCCUGGCAGAACGACUCGCUCCACAUCCUCACCAGCACCACAGAUUACCGCUGCAUGAACGAUUUCCUCAUGAAGAAGAUCAGUGAUCUGGACGCUGAGGACUGUCAGAAGGACUCACCGGUGGACGUCGUGUUCAAAAAAGCCCUGAAAGAGUUUCGUCUCAAUAUCUUCGACUCUUAUUCAACUUCUCUGGCCAUGGAUGACGGCAGGAGCAUCCGUUAUAAAGAUCUCUACGCUCUGUUCGAGCACAUCCUGGAGAAGAGCAUGCGUCUGGAGCAGCGCGCCUGGAGCGAGUCUCCUGUUAAAGUCUGGGUCAACACCUUCAAAAUCUUCCUGGAUGAGUUCAUGACCGAAUACAAGCCCAUGGACGGAACCAUCAGUAAGGCCCCCAAACCCGAGAGAAAAAAGCGAAGGAAAAAGGAAUCGGAUAUUGUUGAAGAGCACAUGGGUCACAUCUUCAAAUCCACUCAGUACAGCAUCCCGACCUACUGCGAGUUCUGCUCCUCUCUUAUCUGGAUGAUGGACAAGGCCUGCGUGUGUAAACUCUGUCGUUACGCGUGUCACAGAAAGUGCUGUCUGAGGAUGACCACCAAAUGCAGUAAGAAGUUUGAUCCCGAGCAAUCUUCACGACAGUUCGGCGUGGAGUUGACCCGUUUAACCAGCGACGAGAGAACCGUUCCGCUGGUGGUGGAGAAACUGAUCAACUACAUCGAGAUGCACGGACUCUACACGGAGGGCAUCUAUAGAAAGUCUGGAUCCACUAAUAAAAUCAAAGAACUCAAACAGGGCUUGGAUACGGAUGUGAAUGGUGUAAAUUUGGACGACUACAACAUUCACGUCAUCGCAAGCGUUCUGAAACAGUGGCUGCGCGACCUACCAAACCCCCUCAUGACCUUUGAACUCUACGAGGAGUUCCUCAGGGCCAUGGGUCUACAGGACAAACGCGAGAUCGUCCAGAGCGUUUAUGCGAUCAUCGAUCAACUCAGCAGAACUCACCUGAGCACGCUAGAGAGACUCUUAUUUCAUCUAGUCAGGAUCUUGUUCCAGGAGGAGACAAACCGCAUGUCCGCCAACGCUCUGGCCAUCGUGUUCGCACCCUGCAUACUGCGCUGUCCCGACACCAUCGACCCCCUACAAAGCGUCCGAGACAUCAGCAAGACCACUGCGUGUGUGGAGCUGAUCAUCUGUGAGCAGAUGAGGAAAUAUAAAGCCCGUCUGAAGGACAUCAACACGCUUGAGUUUGCAGAGAGCAAAGCCAAGAGUCGCCUCACACACAUACGGCGCUCGAUGAAACCCGUUCUUAUUGCGGUUAGAUUUAUUGGCAUUACGAGAACUGCCACUCCGCCAAACGCGGUUAAAAAGAGUAAGGCACGUUUGCGCAAGAGCGGUCUCCACACGCCCUCGCCGCCCUUGAGCCCGCGGAUGGCAGAGAGGGAGGAGCCGGGUGAGGAGGGGGCGGAGUCUGGGAUGACUGAGCAACAGCAAGCAGCCAUGCAGCAAGAAGAGAGAGUUUUGACCCAACAGAUAGAAAACCUGCAGAAAGAGAAAGAAGAGCUGACGUACGAGAUGUUGGCUUUGGAGCCCAGAGCGUCUGAUGAUGAGAUGCUGGAGUCGGAAGCGUCCAUCGGAACAGCCGACAGCUCGGAAAACCUCAUGGAAUCAGAAGAAAAAUGUUCUGGCGCACGCUACAGGAAGCCAGAUUCCAAAAGCAGACGAGGCUUACGCCGACAGCCUGAAUCUCUGGACUCCGUUGACUCCGUGUCCUCCGUGUCAUCCACCCCUAACUAUCGGUUCCGCUCUUCGUCGUCCGGACCUCUCUUUUCCUCGGCUUCUCCCGGAGACUUGCACGUUCUUCUCGACCAAGAAGCCUCAGAACAAGAUUCCCUGACCACCCGAUGUGCCUCCAGCUCGGAGAAAACCCGGCCGCGGCCCAGAGGGAACCGGAGCUGCCCGCCGAAGACCCGUGAGCCAGGAGAGGGGGGCGUCCGCAGGAGAGAACAUGAUUUCGGCUCGGCUCAGCCUCUAGUGCUCUAUGGAAGUAACGAAUUCAUGGUGUGAUGUCAGCGUGUGACGCUUUCAAAGCAGAAAGACUUGAAGAGACAGAAGAAAAUGCAAACAAAGAUAGAAAACAAAGUGCUGGAUAUCAAAAGCAAUCGCUUUGAUAUCUACGACCUACUGACUUUAAAGUGGACCAGCUGGACCGGUCCACAGAUUCUGAGAAUAGUCGAACAGGGAAAGAACGAUUUUCAAGCCGUCAAGUCCAUUUUCAUGUUUACAGAACAGACCUGAGCCAAUGAGAGGAGGUCAUGUGACUUCCAUUGACCGCAUGCCACGUUGCUACAUUGUUUUCACUCUAUGAUUAUGAAAACCUUUGAUAAAUUGCUAAAUAUGUAAAAUAGUAUGAUUAUAUUAUUGAUAAGGGUCAAAAGAAUCGUGUAAAUAGCUGAAAUCCCUGUGCUGCUGAUCGACCCAUGUGAAAGGUUUUAUUAUGCGUCAGUACGGUGUGACUCUUGUGUUUAUGUCUGUAUGUUUAUUAUAUAAGUGAAUCUCACAAAAGCGUUUUCUAGUUACAUUACAACCUAAAAAUAAGAAGGUAAAAGAAUAGAAUUUUUUAAAUCCCAUUGAGAAUUUUGUCAAUUUACCUAGCACGAUUUCAUAAAAUAAAGUAAAUAAAGUGAUAUUUAGGCUAUGCAAUGCGGUCAGCUGUUAUAAAUCGGGCUUAAAACUCGGCUCAACCAAUCAGAAUCAAGGACCAGAACUGACAGUUUCAUAAGACAAACUUUACUGUACUUUUUAGCAUAUAGUCCAUCAUUUCUUUCUUUUCUUCUUUAUUUCAAUGACAUGGCUAGUUUUGCAUCCAGAUUUUAGUAUGAAAUGUGUGACACGGUUGACGCUUUUGUGAGAUCUAUCGUGAUGUUUUUGUUUUGGUCAGUUUCAGAUUGAAACUCAUCUGAAGAACCGUGCCGAAGAGACGUGAAAUGUGGCAUGUUUACGUUCCAAAAUGCUUUGCUGAUGUCAUUUACAGUUUACCCUGUUUUCUCAGUGUUACGUGCAACCGAUUCAGGACUUGAAAGAUGUUUUACGUCAUAAAUAUUUUUGCUAUAUUUUGUUUUAUAUAUUGACUUCAAUUAUAUAAGUAUACAUUUUGGUGUAAAGUUACACUGUGCCAUCUGGA